UCUUCAGUAUUUGUUCGUUGCGCGUCGAGUGCUCAACUUGGCAGCUGACCGUCCCAGUGUGCAGUGCCGCCGCCGAUUUCCGUAUUAAUUAAAUCUCAUUUAAUUGAAAACAACACACAUACACACAAAAACACACACACGCACGCACGCACAGUGCACUGCAUCAGGUGCCAAAGACAAAAUUGCGUCUUAACUGUCACCCAGCAGCCCAUCCUAAUCGCCGUCAAGUGUGCGAGUGAGACUUAAGUGUUGCCAGAUUUUAUAAGCAAAGCGGCAUAAUAGCCACCGUUACACGCGUUCGCUACAAAUUUGCAAAAAAAAAAAAAAAAGUGGGUCUCCGUUAGGCAAAACGAAAGAAAAAAAAUAAACGGGUAUACAUUUCGUUGCGGCUGCCGCUGCCCGCAGCCUAUAUAGUGUUGUUCCAUGUAUCAUUGUGCACACACACAUACACACACUCAUGCAUAUGUAUAUAGAAUAGUUUUGUGUUUAUCGUAGAGUGUUCGCGCUGUUCGGCCUGCACCAUUCCAAAAACAAAAACCUGUAAAUUAUGUAAAGACGCGUUUUUGGAAUUUCAGUCAACUCAAACGUUCGCAUCUAAAUCAGCGACGACUAUAACACACUAACAACACAGCGCUCGACAACAACAAGGACAACAACGUGAAAGCUUACACUCGUGUCUGAUUGCUUUGGUUUCACUGUGCUACAGGUAAAGGUAAAGCUGGUCAACAUUUGCUGGAACGCACUGAACCUAACUAAAGGGAGACAUCAAGAGACAGAUAUAUACAUCAAGAGUGAGCGAGUGAGGUGGUGCGUGUGUAGUGAAGCGACAAAGAGAGCUCAAUAAAAAAAAAAAAAAAAAAAAAAAAAAAAAGAAAAAAAAAAAAACGAGCAAAAAAAACUAAAUUCGAUAAGAAACUGUCGCAGUCGAGUGCAGCGGCAAAAAUUUGCCUUCAGUGUGCCAGAAAAGUGGCCAAAGUGCCGAGUAAUAUGUAAUGGAGCCCCCUUUCGCCAGCGACGGCAACAUGAUGUGAAACAUGGCAAUCGAAUCAGCCAAAGCCAUUUAGAGUCAUCAAUUGGCGAGGUCGCGACCGAGACUGGGGUCCAGGUCCAGGUCCAAGUCCAGCGGGCAGAGGGUCAGACGCAGCGAAAAAUACGCAGCGGGACAAAUGCACAGCAUGGCAGCGAAAUGGAGAACCAAAAGCAGCGGCAGUAGCAGCAGCGGCAGCAGAGAGAGAAGCUGGGGCAGCAGCAGAGGGAGCAGCAUCAGCAGCAGCAUCCGGCUGCCAGGCUGGCAGCAGUUGCUUUGGCUCCUGUGCCUCAGCUGCCUGGUCGGCUGGGUGUGGGCGGAUGACUGGUCACAGAGUUGCGCCUCGAACUGCACCUGCAAAUGGACAAAUGGCAAAAAGUCAGCCAUAUGCAGCUCGCUGCAGCUGACGAGCAUACCGAACACGCUGAGCACUGAGCUGCAGGUGCUGGUGCUCAAUGAUAAUCACAUACCAUAUCUGAAUCGGGAGGAGUUCUCUGCGCUGGGUCUGCUCAACCUACAGCGCAUCUAUCUGAAGAAAUCCGAGGUCCAAUACAUACACAAGGAGAGUUUUCGCAACUUGAAGAUACUCGUGGAGAUUGAUCUGUCGGACAAUAAGCUGGAGAUGAUCGACAAGGACACGUUUAUGGGCAACGAUAGACUGCGCAUACUCUACUUGAACGGGAAUCCCCUCAAACGGCUCUCCGCCUAUCAGUUUCCCAUAUUGCCGCAUCUGCGCACCCUGGACAUGCACGACUGCCUGAUCUCGUACAUAGAUCCCAUGUCGCUGGCCAAUCUCAAUCUGCUGGAGUUUCUCAAUCUGAAGAACAAUCUACUGGAGAGCCUCAGCGAGUACGUGUUCCAGCACAUGGGCAAUUUGAAGACCCUCUCCCUGGAGGAGAACCCCUGGCAGUGCAAUUGCAAGCUGCGUAAGUUUCGCAACUGGUAUGUGGGCAGUCGGCUGAGCUCCGUGAGCCUGGUGUGCAAGGGACCGCCGGCGCAAAAGGAUCGCACCUGGGACAGUGUCGACGAUGAGCUCUUUGGCUGCCCGCCCCGCGUGGAGAUCUUCAACAAUGAGGAGGCAACGAACAUCGACAUUGGCAGCAAUACGACAUUCAGCUGCCUGGUCUACGGCGAUCCACUGCCCGAGGUCAGCUGGGAACUGAAUGGCAAAAUCCUGGACAACGACAACGUGCUCUUCGAUACGGAGAGCAUCACGUCCGACAAGCUGUGGAGCAAUCUGACCGUAUUCAAUGUGAGCAGCCUGGAUGCAGGCACCUACGCCUGCACGGGCACCAAUCUGAUCGGAUCGAUGACCCAGAACAUUAGCAUCUAUCUGAGCGAGAUUGUCCAGCAUGUGCUGGUGAAGACGCCGGAGACCUUCUGGUACUUCGGGCUCAUCAUGGGCAUCUUCGGCACCGUCUUCCUGCUCAUCGCCAUCUCGUUCGUGGUCUGCCUGUGCAAGCGCACGACGCGCCAGCAUCGACAUGCCAACAAGGCGGGCGUCAAGUCGAGUGUCAGCUUCAAUGAUCAGGAGAAGAAGCUGCUGGACUCGAGUGUGACAACGACCACCAAUGACCGCGGCGACAGCUAUGGCAUUGACAACAAUCCCAGCUCAAUCAACAAGACGGACUCCACGCUCGGCUUCAAUCAGAUCGAGAUCCAUGCCGUGGAGGCGCAUCGUACGGGCUUGAGCCAGCAGCAACAGCAGCAACAGCAACACCAGCAACAGCAGCAACAGCAGCAGCACCAGCAGCAGGGUCAGGCUGGUCAGCAUAUGCGGCAGCAGCUGAUGACCGUCAAGGAUCCCACCUGCGGACUGAUCAGUGUGCCCACCUCAAUGGCCGGCUAUCAGCAUCAACAUCAACAUCAGCAUCAACAUCCGCAUCAGCUGCACUCGCACUCCCAUUCGCACGGCCAUGGCCAGCUGUCGGAGGAGUUUCCCCUGAAUGUGGGCGUCUUCCCACCGCCGCCGGAGUUUUGCUCCAAUAUUGUGCCGAAUCCCACCUUUGGCAACAUAUUCAUACGCGUCUCGGUCACCCAGGAUAUGCUCGACGGUGCGGACAUCAACAUGUAUCCAGAUCUGCUCAACAUACCCAAGCGUCUGCAGGAUGUCCAGUGCUCGGCGGAUGGCAGUGGUGCGGGCAGCAGCAGCAGCACCACCAGCGAUGGCCAAACUGUGGCCCAAUUCGCCACGCUGCCGCGGCACACGGCCCGCCGUGGCAUACUGAAGAAGGACUCCUCGCUGCAGCCGGGGGCAGCUGCAGCUGCAGCAGCAGGAGCAGCUACCACAAAUCUCUAUCCCCAUGACGAGAUCGUUACGUACAAUCUGGAGGCGGGCGGCUAUCAUUGUGGCGGUGGGGGCAAUGGUGACAUGGAGCUGCCGCUGCCACCACCGCCGCCGCCGCCGGCUGUCACCGCCGUGGUCCAGUGCCAUCAUCCAACGGCAACAGCAGCGGCAGCGGCAGCGCCAACCAUGUCCGCAGCGAAUUGCGCCAGUUGUAUCAACAAUGCGCCCACACCCGCCUGCAGCACGCCGCCCAUUGUGGAGGCGACUCCGUUGCGUGAUAGCUCCGCCUAUCCAAAAUACGAUAAUAUGGGACGCCGCAUCACGGCCAGCGGCGGACUUGGCAACUCGACGCUGUCGCUGCCAGACGAGAACGAGACGCUGUUCAGCGAAACGACGGCCGAUGCCAACAUGACAGAGGCGGAGACCACGGCCCAGGAUCAUCAGCAUCAGCUGCAGCAUCAUCAUCAUCAGCUGCAAACGACGGAGCCGGCGCCGGGCAUGGAGAAGGGCAAUGCUGGUGCUGGUGCCGGCGAGGGGGCUGGCGAGUUUGUCUCUCUCUAGUAUUAUGGCACACAGGUGUAAAGCGCGCCACCUGUCGGCCAAUAGUUUCGUUGCACGCUAGCACCAGCCUGGCUGGCUAGCGCCCUCUGUCGGUCAAUAGAUUGUGCUGCAAAUACGAAUAAGAAAAUAAAACUCCACUGUGGCAAUCGUUUUGUUUCAUAUCAGCCAAAUUCUUCUCAAGUAACGUUUUAAUAUAUAUAAUACAAAUAAAAUAACUGAAAAAUUAACAAUCUAUUGACUGCCUCAGAGCCAAUCCAAAGCAUAAAGCGCGAAUGCGAAUCCAAGAGCAAUUUAUGUAGAAUCAAAAGAAAUCCUUCGAGAAUAUGAGAAUGUUAUGUUAGCAGCGUGUAGAAAUUUAUAAUGAUUUCGUAAAGCUCUCGCAAGUUAAGAACAGCAAAUACAAAAAAAAAAUUAAAACAAACUGUAGUCUAAUUAGAUGUAAAAACGAAGCACAUAUAGAAUCCAUGGUAACCCAUUCCUAAAUUUUAGAUGCAAUCCACGGAACAGAUUUGCCAUUCGCCCCGAAUGUCAAUUACCAAAUCAAAAUUUGUCAUUCACGGCUGAUUGGCUGAUUGACGGGGCGAAUGAUAAAUGAUGAUUCAAAAUGUUUCCAGUGGCAUUUGUCAUAAAUCGAGCGUAGUUUGUCUAAUUUGGUAAAUCGAAAAAAAAAAACAAUGCUAGACCAAAGACUUAAUUCCAUAAGUUGUACAAAAUUCGUAUGUAUAAAGCAUAUAUCUGUAGAUAUACAUAUAUGGAUAUAGUCAAUAUGAACAGUUAGUAAUUUGUUUGCUCAUUGUAUAAUCCACUAUAUAUAGAUAUUAGAGUUCCCCUAUCCCCAAGCAUAUAUACAAUAAACUAUUUUCUAAAUAUACGUACAUAUAUAAACCUGUACACUUUUUAGCCAUGCCCAUAGCAUACAUAGCAUAUAUAUAUAUUAAAUAUAUAUUUUAAUUUACCUUCAUUCAUUUUAGUAGACAAAUUUUUAGAAAUUUUUUAAAAUGAAAAAUGUUUAUUCAUUGAUUUUAAAUGCGCCCAGCUCAACAAGAAAACGAAAGUUGCCAAAAAUAAAAGAUUUUAAAGCUCUGUUUUAAACGUUAAUGCUUUUAACAAUUCAUCCUCAGCACAUUUAGAUAAAAAAUUAACACACUCACAUACAUACGUAAACUUAGUUUCUAGCUCUUCCAAAAACCAAAAACAAAAUAAAUAUAAUGAAAUCGAAAGCAAGAAGCCAAAAACAAUUGCGUACCUCUAUCUAGUAGAACUUGUUCAGUUUUGUUUAUGAAUUAUUAUUUUGUAUAUUUAGCACAAAUCAAUUGUAAGCUCGGCUUACACUAUGCAACAAACUUUGACUUUUAUUUUCACACUUUAUUUAUUGAUGAUUGCAGAUGCAAAUCAAAUUUCAAAAUAUGAACAUUAUAUGUAUAUAGACUUUUCUAGCUUGUUUUAGAGGAGAUUUUACAUGCCAUUUCACAUUUAUUAGAAUUAUGAAUUCAGUUCAUUACAUUAAAAAAAAAAAAAAACAUGAAUUUUAUUUGAAUUAAAUUUAUUUAAAUUGACUUCCAAAUUUAUUAAAUUAGUUGCCAAACAGUUUAACAACUGAAAUAUAAAACUGUGAAUGCCAUGAAAUCUGUUAGGAUAUGCUCAAAGUCAGCUAUAAAAAAAAACUAAAAGUUAGAGGCUAAAUACGAAAUAUCUAAUGGAAAUGAUGAGCUAGGAAAUAAAAUUAUUUCGUUAUUUAAUUGACUCCAAAAAGUGAGUUUUUAUACAAGCUGAAUGCAUUUUGACUGUUGCAUAAUAUUUUAAAAUCUAUUUUAUCUGUUUUGAGCAUACAUUGUACAUAGAUAUUUGCAACAUAAAAAAAAAAAAAAUCUUCAAAAAAUUAAAUCCAAACUAGU